UUCUUUUUACGCCCUCCAAAAUUAACUAUCCAUUCACUUUCUUUCUAACACGCUUCGUAUAAUUCAACUCAACCAAAUGGCUUCCUCCGCAGAACCUCAGACAGCUCCCUUCGGCACAUGGGACAGUCCCAUCACAGCCGCAACCCUGACGUCAAAAGGAAUCAGUUUCGCCGGCAUCGCCGCCACGGCGGAUGGUAUCAUCUACGUAAACGAAGGCCGCCCUGCCGAAGAAGGUCGCAAUUGUAUCGUCGAAUGGCGCAACAACCAGCCCCGUGACGUUCUACCAGCUGCGUACAGUGCACGCACCGCCGUCCACGGCUACGGCGGCGCGGCCUUCAACACCACGUCAGAUGGGAAGGUCAUUUUCGCAGAUUGGAAGACUCACGGGGUGUAUAUUUUGGAUCCUGCAACCUGCGAUGUAACAGCCGCCGUGGAGCCGGAUGAAAAGAUCUGGUACGCUGCGUUCAAUUCGCACCCCAAGAGACCGGAGCUGGUUUUUGCCAUCAGGGAAGAUCAUCACGGCAAGGAGGUGAUUAACGAGCUUGUUGUAAUCAAUACUGAGAAGAAAAAGGUGGAGGUUGCAGCGACGGGAGCGGACUUCUACUCGCAUCCCACAUUCAGUCCUACUGGUGAUAGAGUGUCCUGGUUCCAGUGGAACCAUCCCGAGAUGCCAUGGACGGGGACCGAGUUGUAUUCUGCGGCUUGGAAGGAUGAGAAGGUUGGAACGCCCGUAAAAUUGGCAGGAAAUGGCGACGAAGAAAGUAUUUUGCAGCCGAGAUGGGGACCGGACGGAACUUUGUUCUUUGUGUCGGAUCGCACUGGAUAUUGGCAGUUUUAUCACUGGAGCCCGGAUGCAAGUGAUGCGCCCCGCGCUAUCGUUAUUGAAGGCCUGGAGAAGGGCGAGUUUGCUCAUCCAGAAUGGCUCCUGGGAUCUUGCACAUAUGUUCUUCCAAACGCCAACACGAUUGUCGCGGCCUGGACACAAAACGCAACAGAGCGUCUCGUCAUCAUCGAUCUCGAGAAGAACACCUACACCUUCCCUGCCCACAUCGCAUCGCUCACGGGCAUCCAACACAGCGCUGUGGCUCUGACAUCUCCUACCAGCAUUGCCGUCAUUGCCAGCACUCCGACUUUCCCCAGCACUGUCUACCACAUCUCUAUCACCUCCAGCGAUGCCUCCGUACCAACAGUCCUCCGCUCCUCCUCGUCUGUCACCAUCUCCGACACCUACUUCUCUCGCGCUCAACACAUUUCAUUCCCGCGCACCAUCUCCACCCACCCUAACACCCUCUCACAUGCCUUUUUCCUCCCUCCCACGAACCCCAAGUACAGCAGUGCUCCAGGCGAGCUUCCUCCACUCAUCAUCACCAUCCACGGCGGCCCCACCAUCCACACCGACCCCGGACUUAGCAUGAUGUGGCAGUACUACACCACACGCGGAUAUGCCGUUGCCCUCCUCAACUACGCCGGCUCCUCCGGGUACGGACGCGCCUACCGCAAGCUCCUAAACGGAAGUUGGGGCGUACUCGACGUGCACGACGCCGCAGACUGCGCCCGGUACCUAAUCUCCGAAGGCAAGGUACACCCAUCCCGCAUUGGCAUCACUGGCGUGAGUUCCGGUGGAUACGCCACCCUCCAGGGAAUCUGCAUGUUCCCGACUCUGUUUACCGCUGCGGUCAGCGUCUCUGGUAUUAGUGACGUUGAAGCCCUCGUGGCCGAAACACACAAGUUUGAGAGCCACUAUGCUUUCCGGCUCUUGUUCGAUGAUAAGGUGCCCGAGACAGAAGAGGAGAAGCGGAAGGUGUACCGCGAGCGGAGUCCCAGGUUCCAUGCGGAUGUAAUCAAGGCCAAGCUGUUGCUGUUGCAGGGAACAGCGGAUGAGAUCGUCCCGUUGAACCAGGCGCAGGCAAUGGCUGAUGAUGUUCAGCGCAGCGGUGGGGUGGCCAAGUUGGUGAUCUUCGAGGGUGAGGGACAUGGGUACCCUCGCAAGGCGGAGAAUGGCUUGCAGGCUAAGAAGGUGGAAGAGAGCUGGUGGAAGGAGAAUUUGGCCGAGGUCAAGGGGGAGUGAGUGCGAUACUAGGAGAGUAUAUGGAUCAUCACAGGUAGUGUCAAGCGCAGGUGGAUGCCCAGUAGAAGAGAUGUAAUCUACGAGCAUCUAGUUCUAGAAUAUAGAAGCGACUGCCAUGAU